CACCGCGCCGCCGCCGGGAGGGGGUCACCGGGCCGCCGCCGCUGAGUCACCGGCAGCGCCGUGCAGCCCCGGCGGGCGCCCAGUACCUGUCUGCAACCUGCCAACACAUGGUGUGAAUAAAAAUAUUUGCCAUCUGACACAUCUCCAGAAGUACCUCUCCUUGUGGAAAUUUUCCUUGAGGAAAAUGUUCACUUUAUAUAUAUGUAUAUAAUCUCCAUGAUGCUACACAUCAGAAAAAAAAUAGAUAAAAUGGAGCACAUGUUACUGCUAUUCCUAUUUUUCAUACCUAUAUUUGGUCUCACUAAUGGAACAGAAACUGAACAAGAUUUUACUUGGCACUUAAAGAAGAUUCCCCAGAUUGUGAGUGAAAGAACUUUCUCCCUUGACAGACCUAAAUUUGAAGCAAAAACCAAAUUAGAGCUGAACAGUGUAUGUGGAAUUGAAUGUCAAAGAAAAUUGCCAGUGCCAAACUUGUCUGACUUGAAGGACCUUUUAUCCUACGAGACCGUUUUUGAAAACGGCACACGGACCCUGACUGAAGUGAAUGUCCUCGGAUUAGCGCUUGAUCCAGCUGGAAACACAACCACACGCAGGUCGUCGAGAAAGAAGAGGCAGAUAUAUGGAACGGACAGUAGGUUCAGCAUCUAUGACAAGCGGUUUAUGACCAACUUCCCCUUCAACACGGCGGUGAAGAUCUCCACCGGCUGUAGUGGCAUUCUCAUUUCCCCCAAGCAUGUGCUGACAGCUGCCCACUGCCUGCACAACGGCAAGGAUUAUGUUAAGGGCAGCAAAAGAUUGAGGGUGGGCCUGAUGAAGACAAAAUCCAGAGGCGAAGGCAGAAAACGCAAGGGUGGUAAAAGAAGUAGGAGAGAAGCUUCUGCGGCCCAAGAGGGUCCCGAAGUUGCCACAGAACUAAGGCAACAAUCCAAAGGUGGUGGGAGAAAGCAGAGGAGAUCUGGGAGAAAGCAGGGGACCUCAGAUGGCAUGCCCUCCUUCCAGUGGACCAGGGUGAAGAGUACCCAUAUCCCGAAAGGCUGGUUUAAGGGUGUCUCUGGGGAUAUUGCGCUGGAUUAUGAUUAUGCUGUUCUUGAGCUCAAGCGUCCCCACAAAAGGAAAUACAUGGAGCUGGGAAUCAGCCCAACAAUCAAAAUGAUGCCUGGGAGCAUGAUCCACUUCUCAGGUUUUGACAAUGAUCGGUCUGGGCAGCUGGUCUAUAGAUUUUGUAGCAUUUCUGAUGAGUCCAACGAUCUCUUUUAUCAGUACUGUGAUGCUGAGCCCGGCUCCACCGGAUCUGGCGUCUAUCUCCGUCUUAAGGAGCCGAACAAAAAGAAGUGGAAACGCAAGAUCAUCGCUGUUUACUCAGGCCAUCAAUGGGUGGACGUCAAUGGUGAACAGCAGGAUUACAAUGUAGCAGUAAGAAUUACUCCUCUCAAAUAUGCCCAGAUUUGCUUCUGGAUACAUGGGAAUGAUGAGAAUUGCACACAAGGCUGAAGAGAGCCGAACCCAACUCGCUUAGCACCCAUAUUACCAUAGAGUGAAAGUCUGCUGCAGCAGUUACUGGAAGAACAUCAUUCCACGUCAGGAUGUUUUUGAAUUCAAAGCUCACAAGUAAUGUUACGGUGACUUGAGGAACACUGAAUUGCUGGGGGAUGGGUAGAAUUGUCAAACAAAAUAUCUCUAAUUUCAAUCAACCCUAGAUAUGCACUUAAAAUCCCAAACUAUAUUAUGUCUGCAAUUGUGAUAAAUCCAAAUCGUUCACAUCAGAAAAAAAAUGACUACACCAGUUUGUCAUUUUUUUUUCCAAGGGGAGAAUUGAAACAUCUCAAACUGGUUGUAUUAAACAAUAUCUGUUCUUCCAGUGGAUUUGCUUUUCUCAGGGUUCUGUUCCAAUUCUUCAAAUGCAAGCUGUGCAUACAGCACAUUACUGUAUGUGCAGAAUGAUUCAGAGAACUGCAUGAGACCAAGACAUUAUUUUAGCAUUCUCUGAAGACUGCAGAAGCAGCAGUCUAGUUCAUACUUGUUACCUUGGAAAACUUCCUCCUUUGGUUGCUGCAGGAACACAUCCAUGGAAAUCCCAAAUUUCUGUAGCUGAGGGUUAGACCUUAAAGACAAGUUUCACUUCACUGCCCAGUGAAAACAGCAAAAAGAAAUUAAUGAACAUAGAAGUUUCCAUGUUUGGAAGAAUAAGAAAUAUCAGGACAUAAUUUAAUGCCUUUAAAUCUUCUUUGAGAAGCUAUAGAAGUCUGAAACACAUGCAUUUGCAUUCCAAUUAGUAUUUGGAGAGCUGUAGGUUUAGUUUCUAGUCAAAUGUUUAGCUUUACCAUUAGGAGAGGUCACUGACUUCUGAAGUGACUAUCUGACAAUCAUUUAGAGCUUCACAGAUGAUAGAUUUUUUGGGUGCUAACUAUUUUUGCAGAUUUUAUGAAUUACUUUUAUAUGAGUUCAGCUUCAUAGAUAAGAUGGUAUGUACUAGACUGGGAGUCGGAAAGGAAUAUUUUAGUUUGGCUUUAUAUGUUUUUGCAAAAUGAGUAGUUUUAAUCAUGCCAUAUUCAGACUCCACCUCAACAUGAGUUACAAGGUUAAACUAAAAAUUUCUCCCAACUAAACUAUACCACCUUUUGAAUGGUAGAAGAACUAUCCUGUACAUUAUAACAGAUAUCUUGUUAGGUAGCAGCAGUAGUUAGCAAAUAAUUUGGUUCAAUAUGUUUGCUGAACCAUAUAUUUAAUGAAAACACAAAGUGAGCUUGACUUUUACACACCUUUAAACACAAAUCACCUUUUAAAAACUGUUGAUUGCUACACAAGUCUAUAUCUUUUAUUUUAUAUCAAGACUUUGAAGUGCACAGGAUUGUUAUGGUGCUACAUUAAUCCAAUAAUGUAAAAUGAUACUGUGUAUUUCCGAUCAUAUCCUUUGGGUUUCAGUACUUUUAAGAUUAUUCACCAUCACAAUAUUUUAUUUUUUUGGAUCAUAAGUUUAUGCUGACCAAAAUACAUUUUCUUCCUGUGCAGAAGAAAAAAUCUAACAAGAUUUUAAAUUACUACUUUUUGUUGGUAUCAUUAAAAUAUGCUUGUAAUAUCUUUUGAUGAAAUAAUUGUUAAUAACCCACUUUUUGUAGAUGAUUGAAAGUAUAAACCUGACACUUUGAAUGUGCAGGCAAUUUUCUUUGUCACAUUAUUGCCAAAGCAUAAAAAUUUAGGUCUUGCUUCCAUACCAUAACUCUAACAAUAAGUCAUUAAUUGCUAGAGAUCUCACUUUAAAAGAAACUAUUUCUUUUAAUGUCAGCAUUUCCAGGGAACACUUAACUUUUUUUUUUUUUUUUAAUUUUGUGUGAUUGUUUGCAGAACACUAAUAAUGUUUAAAGUUUAGAAAUUAAUGUCUAUGAUUUUAAGGUUAAUUAAUUUUUAUUGUUGUUAACGUCUCUAUUAAGAUGUAUGGCUUUGCUGACAGUAAUUUUAAACCACCUCAGUCCAGUAUUUAAUAGUCUCACUCUAUGCAACGGGCCCACACUAUUCUUUAGUUGGCUCUGUAAUGUUUUUCGUAAGUGCCUUUUUCCAUAGUUUACUGUGAAAAAUAAGGCACCAUAUUGUUAAUCCAAUACAAGUCAGCCUAGGUCCAUGACUUUUGUUACAAUUAUUCUCAUUGUUGAUUUGGGUCCAAAACUGAUCAAGCUACGGUGGCUUAGUAAAUUCCUUGUUUUGGUGAGUCUUAUUUAGGUGUACUCCUUAGGAGCAGAAAUACAAUCUAUUUCUUUAUUAGUUUGGGAAUCAGGAACAAGGUAAGAAUGAAAAAUGUUGAUGUCAGCUUUCAAAUGGUCUUAUUAUAAUAAUCAUCUACUAUAAAUACCUCAGCCAUGACCUGAAGAUCUCAUACCAGGCUGAUAACAAAUGUUUAUCUUCAUAGGAUAAAUAUUAGAUGUUCAGUACCUCAUUUUAUGGUACUAAGAGAUUAAAGAGGCUGACCAGAGCAAUACAAAAUUAAUCAAAACUAUAUAUAUAUAUACAUAUUCAAGCCUCUGUGUCUGAGUGCACAUGCACAAACACAUGCAAAUGUAGGGGCUUGUAGAGCAUGUGCUGUUUUGACUGGGUCAGCACCUUCAGGCACAAGAAGACAUGGAUGAAAUACUAUUCCUGUCAUAUCUGCACGUCAGGCAACUUUUCAGUCUGCCACCUGGCCUAAUAGAGAAGGAAAUGCUUUAUGUAAGCAUUGUGACUGCUUACUACAGGGACUUCUGAAAUAGUUCAUAAAUUGAGUACUUACAACCCCAGGAGGCAAAUGUCCCAUUGCAAAUGGGACAAGAAUUUCUGAGCCACGAUCAUCUCAGAUUUCCUUCAAAAACCCCUGCAGUUAGUAUCUGGAUAUCAGUGAGAAGAUACGAGGAGGGGGUGUACUUAGAAGAUCAGAUCUGCUGUUGUCUGGGUCACCAGCAUCAAGGCUGGGUUCCCAGUCCAGAAGGGGACAGAGCCCUUGUGAUGUUUCCCCAAAGGAUUUUCCCCUCUUUCAAAUACUGGGCUGUACAUCAUUUGUUUUCAUCAGUACUAAUACUUUUGCAUAAAAGUUGCUAUAGUAGAAUGUUUUCCUUAACUGUAUUCCUGGCUCUAGGAAAAAUCAAAGUCGGUCAAAUCCCUUUUCUGGCUACUGGCAAUUUGUAAAGUUGAGAAGCGAGUUUUUCCCAGGUCAAAGAUAAACCUCAUGUACAAACCGUUAACAUGCCCAGACCAGUUUCUGCAAGGCAUUUGUGCAUGUGUUUAACUUGGGGCUCUGAGACAUACGAUGAAAGUCAAGGGGAUUAUCUGUAAUGUGAAAAAUUAAGUCUAAAUUUGUGUUGUUGUAACAAAAGAAGAACGCAAUGUUAGGUCACAAAAUUUUUUCUGUUAUAUGAGGUAUAGAGUACCCAAUGCUUUAAAAAAUGCAUAAAGAAACUCCUUGGCUCAGUCUAUAAUUUACCAUCUAAAUUUUGCAGAUUUAUGAGUCUGUACGGAGUAUGAAUCAGCACAGAAUAUGACUUAAGUAAGUAAUAAUUCAUCUAUACGUGGAGGAGAGAAGCAGUGGGAAGUUACUCCUAUUCUGCUGAUAAGGGGUGACCUGGCAGCAACAGCAAUUAAUACAGAAAGAGAGAGCAAGAGAAGUAGAUGGUAUGGAAGACCAGGAGGAUGGAGGUGGUAUACAAGGGAUAAAGAAAGUGUGAAAAGUAACAGAUGAAAUGGCUGCGAGGUAGCAGAGGGACCUAUUGUAAGAAAGAGUAGGCAGCUGGUAAAGGCACAACAGUGUAAAUUAAGAUAUAAAAAUCACAAGUUACGUGAACAAUCUCCUUUUGGUGUUAACGAUGAGGCUGUUCUUCCCAGCCAACAGCACCCAAGAAAGGGCUGUGAGAGGGCUCAGGUUCCAGCACGGACCUCUAGCAGGCAGGGGGUUUUGACCCUGAUCUGCAACCCCUGCCCAAAAUUGCAGGGAUUACGCUUGUGCUCGUCUGGGGUGCGUGGGAAGCAACAGAUCCUUAUCUUGGCCAAAAGGCUUGGCAGCGUAAACCUCCCCACACACUGGGUCACCAAGAGUACAGUGAGUAAGGGGAGUUUCUUUCACUUGAAAGUUUCUCAAACCUGACAUUUUGUUGGGAUUACUCUAAAGGCUGUUCCCCAUUGGAAAAAAAAAACAAAAACAAACAAAAAAAAAAGAACAAAAAACACCCCCCCAAAAAAAUCCCGAACAAACAAAAUAUCUCAGAUUUGAAGCAUUUAAAUGUUGGCUCUAUUUUUUGCAUGUAACUACAAAUUCUAGGCAAUAAAUUUUUUUCAAAUACCUUCUGCUUAUGUUUGGUCUCUUUGUAGAAAUUUAAUCAACUGCUUCAGAUUUAAAGCACAGAAUAUUGCAGAUACUUCCAUCUACAAAUUCCUGGAUUAAAGAAUGAAUGGGGAAAAAAAGAUAAAGAAUACAGGUAAAUUGAAAGCUUAAAAUUGAAUACUAAUCUCAAAGGAUUUGGAAGUAUAUUUGAGUCCCCGUUGCACCAGCCUUUUGCUCUGAGGGUGAGAUAGAUCGCAUUUUGGUUAAAAACCUUCAGAGGUAGCUUUGAUGAUUCUUUAACAUUCUUAACUUCUUAAAGACUGACAGCAAACUUCAAAAAAUGUGUUUUUUAAUAAUUUUAACUGCACAAAAUGACAAUGCAUUUGGGAAAAUAAAUGCAAACCUUUAUUACAUUAAGAUAUUAUAUGAUGCACAUACUAUGUCAAUAAAUAUUUUCUAUUUUCUUUUCCUCUGCCAUGAUGUAGUUUGUUAGCCACAGUGGUGUUACACAAACUCCAUUCUGUAAACGCUUAUAGCACGUUAUCAGUGAAUCAUCUGGGACGUGGUCUUGCAAGAUAUUAAUGUCUCUUUAAAUUUGUUCUGGGAAAAAACCUCUCUAUCUACUCCUGUCUUCAAGAUAAUUACUCCAUGAACAAAUUUGAUGAGUAAAAAAAGAAUUGGUUCAGCAAGGAAAUGACUCACAGACUAUGCCACAACUUAUUAAUUCUGAAAUAAGUAAUUAGUUCUGUUUCUGCUAUUAGCUAUUGUAUUUUCUACCCCAGAGAGCUGUUGAACCAGGCCAAAUUAGAAGUGCAUAAAAUAUUAUAAUCUUGGUUCUCAGCACUAUCUUAACUCUGUGCCCUCGAAACUGGUGCUGAUUUGAUCACUGACAGUAAAAGGAGAGAAUUUUGGCAAGGAUGAGAGCUGCUGGAAAUAUUUAAUGGAAAGUUUAGAAAUGAUUACAGCAGUGAUUAGCAGUGUGUCUGAUAGGAGCAAUAUUUAAGAGGGGUCUGGCAAGGGCUUCCCAGCCAGCUCUGGUGGUCCUUACACGGGAGAAGAGUAAGGGCCUCAGCGGAAUAAAUAGGAUCAACAGCUUUGUCACCUGGACCUAAGUCUAUUUGGGUGUGGUAACAGGAUCUAAAUAAUUUCAUUGCUGGAGUUUACUUUUUGUCACCAAAAUAUCAGAUACACUGGAAAAGCUACACAACUAUUUUACAAAGAUUGUGCUUCUUGGCAAACAUGUAUGCGCUGUAGUUAUUGCAGUUGCUAUGGCUUUGCUUCUUUUCCAUGUGAAAGAGUUUGAAAACAUUGGAUGAAACCAAGCUGGGCUGGUUUUCAGACAAAUUACUCAGCUGCCCUUUGGCUGCAGUUGCAGCAUUCUCCCACCCCUCCCCUCCAGUUUAGUUUCCAACUUGAUUGAUUAAAUGCUGUUUUAAGCUUUGCUUAAUCAAAGAUAAAAGCAGCCAGGAGAUGGCACAGGGCGAAGGACCCUUUCUAGCCAUACCCCUCUGCAGAUAUUUGGAGGCAGGGCAGGCCCCAGAGGGAGAAGAGGACAAGAGAAGGCAAAGGUGAAGGCUGUGAUCAACAGCAAAAGAGCGCAGUGCCUUACUGACUGGAAGAAAAUACGACUUCUGUUUUUCCUACCGUGAAAGGCAACCCUAGUUUUUACAAUCCUUUGCCUUCUCUUGAAUGAUUAACCCAUCAGCUAAAUAUUGUUGGCUCUUGUACAGGAGUGAACCAACCCACUCAGUGGAGGGGAUACAACGUGCCCUUGAGUGCCAUCAGGGGCCUCUCCUCCCCAACACAAAAAAAAAUAAUAAUAAUAAUAAUAAAUUUUAAAAGGUGAAGUUACCCCAAAGGAGAUUUACUAGUAAUGUGAAGGGAAAAAAAUAUAAUUAAAAAAUAACACAAGCACCAUAUUUUUGUUUAAGAAAAAAUGGGAUAUUCUGAAAAAUAUGUAUGCAUAAAGGCAAUGGAGUCUUUAUGUGUGGCAUAUGGGUUUUUCUGCCAUGCUUGUCUAUGCAGGAUGUGGAUGUGUUCCAGAGCUGUGGUGAGUUACAUGGCUAAAAAAACACCAGUUUCUGGUUGCCUAUCCCACCAUCUCCCCACAGGGACAGGGAUUUAUUGUGCCACCAAACUCUUGCUGCUUAUUGUGAGUUUGAGCUCAGACCUGGUCUUCUUAAAUGGUGGACAUGAACAGAGGCUGCCAGGUACAUGGGCACUGACAUUUUAGGUUUUUAUACAUUUUGCUCUAUGUAUCCGUGGAGGAUGUAUGAAGUAAUUUUUAAUAAUUGUUAUUAUAAAAAUUAUAAUAGUUAUAUACUGUUGAAACAGUAAGCUCCAGUGACUAAACAAACACUGCACCACAUUCUCCUCUCAUUUACAAUGGUGAACCUUAGAGGGAAAUUUGACCCACUGCAUAUUAUAUGUAUUACUUGCUAUAGAGUGUUACACACUAGGCAUUUAUGAUCUGUAAACAGGUUUAUUUCUUUUAGAAAGAAAUAAAAAGGAAGCCAAUACUCAAAAAGGAAAGUAGCUUUGACAGUGUUCAAUCCAGAUAUGAUACUUUGUUGCUUGUAAAUUAACAUGUUACAACAGUGAUGUGUGAUCAAGCAAUGCUGCUUAUACAACCGAAGUGCUUGAGUCCUUCACUUCUUGCUUGUUGAUUUUUUUCCUUACUGGUGGGACUAAAUAAAAUCAGGCAUCUGUGCAAUGACCACUGUGGGGUUAGUUUUCUGUCCGUACUGGGAGAAGAGCAUCCACAAGCUUAAAAAAAAAAAAAAAAAAAAGUAAUACAAAUGCCAGUAAUUGUAUUUUAUUACCUUCCAAUGACUUUGGAAGCAGUUUUUGCUCGGUUAUUUUGAUGUACAAGUGGUAUACCACACGAACACACACAAGGAGGGGCAGCUUUAAACUUGUCUUCAGCUUGAAGGUUCCACAGAGAUUGCAUUAGCUAUCUCCAGUUACAAGCACAAAAGAAAUGCCAUACAGUAUUUGUGUUGUUCACAGUACAGCCUUCACCUUUGCAUCCUUCACAUUAACGGCACUAAUUUUGCCCCCACCCUACAUUCUACCCAUUUAUCAUCAGGCUAAUGAAUCACCCUUUCUUGAUUUUCUUUUGCAUAUAGGAAAGUUUACAUACAGGCCACUUUUGAACUUGCUGAUGUGCUUUUUUCACCUUGAUCCUUUCCCUAGGAGUUGUUUUUCAUGUCUUUGAUGCUUAUCUUAUGGCAAUUAUUUUUAUAGUGGGGCAAGGUUCUGGCUUUCCCUGCUCCAGUAAUGUAUGGACUUGAUGCUGCUGGUCCCCACUAGGACAGCUGGGAAACGUGUGCCUCUGUCCUAUAAGCAACAAGCUCCAUCGAUUCUCCAUUCACUUCUGGGUGCUGUGUCUUCAAACAGCUUUACAUCAGGCAUGCACACAGCCGAGGGAUGAACAUGACCGGGGAACCCACCUCCUGCUCUGCUGCAGAGACCUUGGUGGAAAUUCAUCUGGGGUGGGCACAGAGCCCCUUCUAAUAACCCCACCGCUGAUGUACAGGCUCAGACAUCCCUCAUCCUGUGAAUCUCAUGCUGUGCCUCUCCCACCACACACAGCACAUCCUCCCAUCCCAUCCCAAACUCCCUCCUGGAGAGGAAGGACUCCUUGACUGAGAGGGACAGUGCCAGUCAGGGCCCCAGCCAGGAGCUGCACCGGGAUGGGGGCUCCCUGUGGGGCUCACCUUGGCUCCCCUUGCUCCAGCCUCUCCUUCAGCGCCUCAGUUGACCACAUCAUCUUCACAGUCCCACUGUGGCUGCACUUUCUCAAGGUCCUGCUCUUUGAAGAGGGGCUAGUCUCUCUCUCGAUACUUUAACUAUUUUUAAUUCACCGUUUGCAACUUCAAUUCAUGCAUUCCUGCCCAUCUUGAGUUCUCUCUGUUGUUAAAUGCCAAUUUUUAACAUUUUUUUUAAUUGUGCCUGCUUUGGGAUUUCACCUCAUUUUCCACUUGGACACCAAACACCUAAAAUUAAACUAAAGAAAUAAUUCCUGGUUCUAUAGAGUGAGGAAUUUGGCAUUCUGUCCAAGAGAAACCACUUCAAAGUUCUAUCAAGGUAACAGCUGCAAACAGAGAGCUAAAGGCAAAAUCACUGCAAGCAAACCAGUGUUCAUAGCUCCAAAACAAUGCACCGAAUCUGGAGCCAGCCUUGGGAAAUGCUUUCAUAAGCUCUGACUCAACGUAAAUGCAGGCUGCCAGCUGAAGGAGCGAACUUGCGAUGUCCCUUACAAAACAGCUCCGAGCUGCCCCGACAGCUUCUCCUGCCACAGGUGCUGACUGAGGGAGAGAUCACAGGCUCUGGACCCCAGCAGCAGGCACAGGGUUUAAUCUCCUAGACACAUCCUACUCUCCAAGGGAAGAAUUUCGCUGAUGUAACUGACUGCAAAACACCCCAAUAAUUUGAUGCUAUUAAUCAGAUUACACUAACUGGGCUGUAACUAGCCUUGCAAGAUCCACUGGAAUAAGUUUCAAGCAAAAAGCAAGCGAUCCCCAGCAGGGAGAUGUGUUUGUGUGGGAGCCACAUGUGCUCAGCACCUGGAGAAACUCAGCAGGAACCUUCUCGGUAGCUGGCUGCAGGCAAGGUUUAUCACACCAGUUAUUUAAGACUGCUGCCAAGAUAAUGUCUCAUUGCAGUGGUACAGUCUUCUAGGGCUAAUCCAAGGACUAAGCCUGGAAAAGAAAAGCUAUAGAUGUUGUAGAUAGGUCUUAUCUGCAGGAUUUCUUUAUGUACCAUUUGAGAAAGGAAAAAAUUACAACUCUACAGAAGGGGUGAAGACUUCAUAUUCCAGUAUGUACAGUGAAGAGCACCUGCCUUUUUCCCCCCUCAAUACCAUUAAACAGCAGAAAUGUAAAAUGCUCUAAAUAUUGGAAAGAACUUAGGGAACUUCAUGGUUUGUUAUACCCCUAUAGCAGCCCUUUUUUUAAUGUGCAAGGUGGAGCCAGGGCUGUAAGUACAGCCUGUCUGCUGAGCCCAUACUGGUCCUCGUGUGCUCAACUCUUGCCACAUCAUUCAGAGCCUGUGUGCAGAGCCAAAAUUACACAGUCCUGGGACAGAAGGGUGCAGCCAUGUACUUUUCCAGGCCACAGCACAGCUAUUUUUUUAUUUAGCAAAGGCUAAGCUUCCAGUCAAGUAUUUUUAGACAUAAAAAAAAAAAAAAAAAAUCACAUUUCUAGAUCUAGAGGCCAGAUCCCUCCUCCUAAUUUGAAAGCAAACUUUUUGUAAGUUUUUAGGCUUGUCUCACAAUGCCACUGUGGAACCAAGUAUAUCCUGAUAGAAACAUGAUAAAGUUACAGCUGAGAGAUACAAAACUGGUGGGAAACAAGGUUACUUAUGAAGCAGAUAAUUGCUAAAUUAAACAAAUUGCUAAAAUAACUGCCAGAUUCACAGCCAUUCUUAAAAAGAAGACUUGACAUGAUUUUUUUUUCUACUACCUAUUGACUAAGUGCAUGGAAAGAAAAUUUUCAAGCAAUUAGGGUUUGGGGGGUGGUUAUUUUGUUUUGGUUUUAUUUUAGUGGGAUGCCAAUGUCAUUCUCCUCUCAGCAGAGGGCUUUUUAGACAGCUCCACUAAUUACAGAACUACGGGUUCAACAGUUAGUGCUACAUGCCCUGGGGCAAUCCAAAGGUGGUAGGUGCCGUUGGUGAUGAUGUUGAGAGAGUCUUCUGGAAGAUAUCUAAACAACAUCCAGAUAUUAUGGUGAUUAAAAUCCACAAAGCUUUCCAUGAGAGUGGAGCAGUUCAGACCUGUGUCAUGGCUAGAUUACAGCUGGUAGCUGUAUUCUGCCUCUCCCUAUUGCCCCAUAUACAUUUGUGGCAUGUGAAUGCAGCAGACCUCGCAAGGAAAAGAAACCGGUGUUCUGGAUCUGUUAAUACUACAACCAUAAUUAUUCAAGAGGCACCUAAAACUCUCCCUUCUGCUAUUUCCAGCUACUUGCAUCAUUACAUUCAUUGGGAGAUUCCCCCAGAUGGGGACAUUCAGCUGCUGCUGACCCUUGCCUGCACAGUGGGGCAUCUCACACCAGACACACUGUUCCAUAUGGUUUUGUAUCUGGGGCAACCUCAAGCUUGCAACCCAGAGAAACUGCCGAUAUACCAGCACUACUCUGGUAAAAAAAAACAAAACAAACAAAAAAACCCCCAAAAACCCAAAACAAAACAAAACAAAACAAACAUCUAGGGCUACCAAACAAAGUAUUUUACUCUUACCAAACUUUAUGUAGCACCUUUGAUACAAAGAACAUACAGAUUCAGAUUUUAGAGACCCUGCUGAAAAUUAGGUAUCAUGUGUACAUGUAUGUAUAGCUAUAUAUGGUACAACAGUGUAUAAACUAUAUGUAUAUAUAACUAUGUUCAAUACAUACAUAGUAGCGUGAUUUUAAAUGUGAUAAACAGUAUCUGAAGAGGUGCUGAUGAUGCUACCACAGCAUUUGAGACCCUGAUCUUGUGCCCACACACUGCACUGUCUCCUCCCUCACCUCUCCCAUCACCCUCCUGGGACCUGCAGCUCCUUCUUGUUUCUGUCUCUCCUGCCAGGCCCCUGAGCAAGCUGCAUGUGGGAGAAACAGAAUUUGAGGAUCCUGCAUUCAAAGGGCUGAGGGAGGAUGAACAGUCUCAUCUCCUACAGAGCCGAUCUGCCCUGCUGGCUUUGCUGUACGCUGAAUUCUCACAGGACAACUCCCCAUGCACAGAGGUUCAACAAGCUGAAAAGCAGCGUGCGGAGACACAUUCAGCCCACAGCCUCCCUCCUCCUCCCCAAAUUUCUUCCCUUGCUGAAAGGAUUUAGCAGUGUGCUGAGUCUUAUUAAUGUCACAAAGAGCCAAACAGUAAUGCUCAUUACUGAAAUUCAUUACAUUGUCAAAUUUCUUCCUUUGAAAAAUGAUUUCCUUUUAAAUUUUUUAUUCCUGAUUUUGUUUUGUUUUGUUUGUUUGGUUGGUUGGUUGGUUGUUUUUUUUCCCCUAAAUGACUCCACACGAUGUACAAAUGUAUGCUGAAGGGCAGUCGCUUAAACCACAGCUCUUCGGGAAGGGCUCUAAGAGCAUAGAGGGGUGUGGGCUGACCAUGGCCCAACAAUGCAAUCCUGCUGGGGAAAGUGCAGAUGCCACACUUGGAUCUGAAACUGGGAGCCUGGCUCAGAAGCUCUGGGACAUUGCAUUUCUGUUACACAUAGCACAGGCGUGCCUUCACUCUGCUGCUGUGUCCCAUUUUGGAUGCUACACUUCAUGGGAGGCGUGGACCAGCUGAAGAGAGUGCAGAGAAUACCAAGAUUGAUCAGAUAUCUAGAAAACUCGAUUGGCAAGGAAAGAUUGAAGACAGAGGGCAUAAGAUGGAAGAAUGACCAUGGUAACUGUCCAAAUACCAUCUUGGCUGCUGCAAAGAACAAAGGGAGUAUCCCCACAGACAGAAGAAAUAACAGUUCCUCACACAGAGAGGAGGAAUCAGGUAAUACAGUAACAGCAGCUUUCUCAGCGUGAAGGUGAUGAUGUCCUGCAGUGGUGUUUGGAAAGGCUGUGGUGUGAUGGAGGUCUCUUAGAAAAAUCUGCUGGAAAUCACACAAUUUUGGCUUUAGAGCGGGGGAAUGGAGUAUGUGGCUCUCUAUUUUCUGUGAUUUCUAUCUUAUGAGCCUGCUCAGCAGUCUUAAAGUGGAAACUUCACGAGCUCUGAAUGCGUUGCCUUUGCAACAGAGUGCAGCAAGCUGUGUUGGUCUUGUUUAUCUGUAGCAGAGAGCCAACUUUUAAGUGAAACAGCGUGCACAGUUAUACAGAACUUUUAUGUUGGCAAUGAAAUGCUUUGGCCAAGAGAAAAAUAUUAUAUUUCACACAAGAGUCUGUUCCAGUACAGCAUAGAUUGAAUCAGUUUAGCUCUUCAGUUUGGGUAGGGGAAAAUUAUUUCAUUUUAGUUGCAUCUCUCCUUCAUCUCUGACAGGUCUAUCAAAAUACUGCACUUAUCAGUUAAAGUUUCCAGCCACUGUAAGUUCAGUCUCAAAUAGCAACGUCUGGCUGGCAAGCUGAACCAUACAACUAGAAAAAUAAUAUUCUGUAAGCCUGCCAGCUAUUUUAAACAUUUAUUUUGAAGGCUACUUUAAAUGAGAGAAGCACAACCACAACAGAUCCUUUAUGCAAACUGUGCUGAACUGGACUGUAAACAGUUCAUACACAAGACCAGCUCCUUCAUUUUAAGAUUUCCAAACCAACUACUUGCAAUACUACAUCAGUGUAAGGUGUUUUACUUAAAAUGUAAGUGAGGGCUAUUCCUAUAUUAGCCCCAAAGGUCUAAAGGUACAGCAAUGACAACAUUGCAGGUUUGAGACGGGGGAUUUUCCUUGCUAACAACAGAAUGUGUCUGUGGGAUACAGCCUGGUGUAGGCAUCGCUGCAGCUCCCAGGGGCUUGUAAUUCUUUUGCUGUUCUCUGUUCCUCUGAAAUUUGCAUUUGAGUGAAAUACAGAUGAUUUGCCCAUUUCUGAGUGUAUACUCAUCUAAAGAGAGAUGGAGAUUGUAAGUGUUAAGUUAGGAAAUUCUUUGAGGUAUUUCUAAAAACUGUUAAAAGCACAAACCACCCAAAUCCACCCCUCAGCAUCUGUUGAAAAAAAAAAAAAAAAAAAGUUGUCUGAAAAA